UAUCUUUCUUCCACUCGUCAGGGAUUCCCUGUAACGCGGCAUCAUGACGAAAUAACAGAGAAGUAGAGAGCAAUACGUCCAAAACUUCCAAGACUAGGCGGUCUUAUAAACCCUUUUUAAAGGGCUUUCCUCCAUCUCUCAGUCUCAAGACGUAAACCCUAGUGAACCAAACCCCAGAAAGUAUUUGCCUACCAUAGCUGCUUAUUGAAGUUAUCUCUCUCUCUAUAUCAUCUAAGGAGACGUUGUGUUUAGCUUGAGGUCUUGUUUUGGGUGGAUUAGUUCUGCUGAGAUCAUCUGAGAGUUUUUUUUCUUUUGGGAGAAAAAAAAGAAAAAUCAAAUGCCUGAAGAAGAUUUGGUAGAACUUAAAUUCCGGUUAUAUGACGGUUCAGAUGUUGGCCCGUUUCACUACUCUCCAACCGCCACAGUCUCAAUGCUCAAGGAGAGAAUCCUCUCCGAAUGGCCUAAAGACAAGAAGAUUGUUCCAAGAACUGCUAAUGACAUCAAGUUGAUAAACGCUGGUAAGAUUUUGGAGAAUGGUAAAACUGUUGCGCAGUGUAAAGCUCCAUUCGAUGAUCUCCCCAAAUCAGUCAUCACAAUGCAUGUUGUCGUGCAGCCGUCUCCAACAAAAGCAAGAUCAGAGAAGAAAAUUGAAGAGGAAGAAGCCAUACAGAGAAGCUUUUGCUCAUGUACCAUAAUGUGAUAAUAAGUUCAUAUUCUGUAUUCAUCACAAGUUCAAAGAAAGCACUUCAUCAGUGGCUUUAUAAAGAAGAGUUCUCUUUUACAUUGUGAUGAAUUGUCUUUCUUAUAUAUAGAAGAGUUCUCUUUUACAUUUAGAACUCUUUUAACAUGUUUUGUUGUGAUUUUUUUUUUUGUCUCUAGACUACUAGUAUCAAAAUAUCUUUAUCCGGUA